AUGUUAUUUUAUGGAUGCUUAGGAGUUCUGGAGCCAGAGGAGUUGUCUAUGAUGAAUAAGGGAUUUAAGAAGCCUCAUGACUCACGCCCAACGCCUAGGAUUGAAGAAAUGUGGAGGUCUGUUGAAUCAAACUCUACAGUAGAAAGUGAUGGUUCCCCUCUAACAAGCCUUGAGAUUGAUCUGUUUGAAGAUAUAAGAGCAUCUGCAAAAAUGUCAACUCAAGUAUCCAAUGUUGCAAUUUCUAGUUCCAAUUUACAAAGAGGAAGACGCAUGAAAAAUGUCCACUCGUCAACAAAAGUGGAUGCUUCCUCUCAAAUUCGGAUGAAACCCACGCUGCCUUCCAGAGGAAAAAGCAUCACCAGGCAUGGAUUAGAGAGGGUCACAAGUGAAGCUUCUGUUCCCCUACAAGCUCAGCAUGGUGCUGGGAGUGGAGAAUUCAAUCCAAAGCAUGCUGCUAGAAGUAAAGAACUGCAUCUAUCAUCAUCUCUUAAGCCACCAAAGAUAUCAGCGAAGGCUAGCCAAAUUUCAAGGGCUUCUUUGGGUGCAAACCAUGUCAAAUUGAAAACUCAAUCUGUGGAAGCCACAUCUGGGCACUGUUUGACUCGUACAAAAAAGCCUCCUUUGGGCAAAUCAUCAAUUAGUUUACGUCGAUCUAUUACACCCCCUCCAACAUCUUUGAGGACAACUGGUAACAGUAAUGUCAAUUUGGUGGCCACUGGUUCUACCUAUAAAACUCCUCCAAAAUAUACUACAACAAACAAAAUUGAGCUGGAAUAUUCCAAUUACCCUACUUGUUUGUUAUCCAUGUCAAAUUCUUCCUCUUGUACAUCACCUGCUAGCUCCAUUGAUGGUUCCUCCUUGGAAUCAUUGUCAAUCCCUGUGAAUCAAGGACCAAAUAACUCCAACGCAAGUUUUGAUACUACUUGUAGAGAGGUAUUAUUUGACAGUAAUACCUUUCACGCAUCAGGCAUGGAGACUAAUAAACCUGAUGAACCCCAUGCUGGAUAUAAAGGUCAGGAAAAAAGUCCCUCAAUUCAGGCCAAGAAAAUUUUAGCAGAAAUUAACUCUGAUCCUUCAGAUGUUUCGAGAAAGACUAGGCCUUCGGGUCUUAGAAGGCCAUCACCAAAGAUUGGAUUCUUUGAUGCGGAAACUCAAAUGAUGCCAAUGGUGAAUCAAGGUCAACAGUUUCAUUCAGGUCUACAAAGUACUUUGACUAAAGGUGGAACUGGUAAUAACCCCGAUGGAGCUUCAAAGAGAACAAGAUAUGGCAAGCUUCAAUCUCCAAGAACAUUAAGGGGGACUAAUAAGAACAUGAACAUUGGUUCUGAGCAAAUUAGAGCGUCGAGUCCUGCUUUACUCAUCAGGCCUUCAAAUCCUGUGCAGUUUGAGGAAGCAGGAAAUGAAUUCCUUGAAGUAUCUACUUUUCCUGGUCCCAUGAAAGAUUGUUUUGCCACAACUUCCAGAGCUCAGAAUAAUUCACCCUACAGAAUAAGGACCAAGGAUUGCUUGAAGCCUAAGAAAGUGGGUAAUGAGAGGCAUCAAGCAGCAGAACUUGGUCUCCUAUCUACUUCAAAGGCAGAAGACAAAGGAAUCCAAGGAUUUAUGAAAAGAAACAAGCAGUCUUCAAGAAAGCAUGAAGAUGCCAGUAUAAAAUCUGCAGAAACAAAUUUGCAUAUACUUCAUGAAGAUGAAAAGGAAAACUUAUAUGGUGUCAGGAAUCGAGUUGAUACUUAUAGUAGACAUAUUGGAGCCACUGAUCUCUAUCGUGACAUGGUGAUAGACCUUACGAAGAAAAGGGACCUCUCAUUCCCUCUUCAGCAUCAAUAACCAUUGGUAUCUUUAUUUUUCUUGGAUGACAUUGUCUUCAUUGAUUAUGACAAUAAUAUAAGGAUUUUCUGAAUUUAUUUUCACUUUGCUGAGAUUGUGCAGAGCACAAGUUCUCCUUGACUGCCAUAGAUUUCAUUUGCAAUAGAAGUAAAUUUGAGUGGCCAACAAAGUCAACAAUUCAGAAGGUGGGUAGUCUGGUAGAGUAGGCACCAAUUUUUGUUUUGUAGGACUAGAAGGAACUGGCUAAAGCCAUUGCAGCUUAUCUUUUUUACAACAAUUAUUACUCUUUUUUUUUUUUUUUUUCUUUUUUCUUUUUGAAGGGACAAUAAUUACUUUUUAGCAUAGACAUUUUGAGUUCUCUCAAAAGCUGU